AUGUUCAAAACAGUAUUCCUUUUGGCUGUAUUUACAGCUGUUUAUGUGAUUGCUGCUCCUCAAAAGGCAUUCGCUGACGACGAGUAUGUAGUUGAAUUGCAUCACGGCGGAAAAUUACAGGGCGAACUGAAAUCCGCAGGAUCAAAACAAAAGUACGUCUCGUUCAAAGGCAUCCCAUAUGGAAAACCUCCAAUCAACGAGUUACGUUUACGUCCUACAGUACCUCAUCCCGGAUGGAAGGGUAUUCGUAAUGCGACGUCACAUGGAGGAACAUGUUUGAAUCCAGGAUAUUUGUUGACUCCAUCGCAAUCUGGACAAGAAGAUUGUUUGUACUUGAACGUGUACACACCCGAUUUGAAUCCUGAAGAGAAAUAUCCUGUCAUGUUUUGGAUUCACGGAGGUGCUUUUAACGCUGGAUCAGGAAAUUCCUUAAUUUAUGGUCCAGAAUGGUUGUUAAAGGAAGAUGUUAUUGUUGUUACAAUCAACUAUCGUCUUGGAUUGUUGGGAUGGUUUGCAACUGGCGACAAACAUUCCUGUGGUAAUUAUGGAGCAAAAGACAUCGUUACGGCUCUAAAAUGGGUACAAAGUAACAUUGAAAAGUUCGGAGGAGAUAAAGAUAGAGUAACAGUUUUCGGAGAAUCAGCUGGAAGUGCAUUAACUCAUUAUAUGAUGCUUUCGAAGAUGUCUCGAGGAUUAUUUUCUCGUGCAAUCGCACAAUCCGGAAGUGCUCUUGCUCCAUGGUCUUAUCAAGAUUUCCCAAAAACCACAGCUUUCCGUAUUGCAAAGAAAUUGGGCUUAAAUGCAACAACAACGGAAGAAAUUGUAGAUGAAAUCCGUAAAAUUGAUGAUUUGAGUCGUUUUAUUGCUGUUACAGCAACUCUCUUGACACUCGAUUUGCCCCGAGGAAAUUUGGCGUUCGAUUAUGCACCCGUUGUUGAACCUGAAGAUUGUGACGAUGAAGAAAGAUUCCUCGUCGAGCCUCCAAUUGUAACAACAACCAAAGGAGAUAUUUAUGAUGUGCCCUUCAUGGUUGGUCAUAACGAUGCUGAAGCCUUAUAUAACGUGCGUGAACUCGAUAUUUAUCCAACAACCGCUGAUCAAUACAACAAUAACAGUCAAUGGCUUCUGCCUUACGAAUGGCAUAUUCUUCCGCACACUGCAGCAGCCGACGACAUUAUCACUCAUGUGAAAAAUAUGUAUUUUAACGGCGGUAAAAUUGGAGACAAGACACAAUAUGCGACCUACAAUACUGAUCGUCAUUUCUCAUACUCCGUGUCAAAAACUGUUGAGCUUCAUUCUGCAGCACAAAAGUCACCAAUUUAUUAUUACGUGUUCUCGUUCGACGGAAUGCUCAAUUAUAUCAAGAAGAUUUUCGUUGUUCUAAAGUACAAAGGGGCUAUGCAUGCCGACGAAUUGGGAUAUUUAUGGAAAAUGAUGCACGCGCCUGCACCUAUCAUUCCAGGAGGCAAAGCAGAUAUUACCAAAUCGCGAAUGCUACGAAUGUGGACAAACUUUGCGAAAUUUGCAGAUCCGACGCCAGUUAUUGAUGACAAAAUUAUUACGACAAAAUGGAGUCCUGUGAAAGGAAGGCAAGAGUACAUGGAUAUUGGAGAUGAAUUAGUCUUUGGAUCCGAACCAUUUGCUGAACGAAUGAGGAUGUGGAAAAAACUCGACCAAAAAUACAAUUGA